ACCGUUAAUUAGCAUCACUUUCUUCAGGUGUGUUCGUCUCAAAUACACAGAGGAACGUACCCGGCUAUCAGGUGCCUUGACUAACCCGUUUCCUCGUUUUUAUUCAACUGUUCGAAUGACAAGUCAAAGUGUCACAAGUCAGGGAAAGAGAAACUUUAAGGCCAAGUGAUUUCCAAUAAAAUCCACCAGUCAGUUUAACUUGAAGACCAGGGGGAUAUGUGUGAGAAACCUGUCUAAAUGACGAUGCAGUUUGGGAUGAAGGGAGGACACUAAUCACGGGUGAGUAAACGAUUAAGUUUUGAUUUGGAUACUGAGGCGACAGGCGACACCUGGAGCAUCUUCAUAAUUUCUUCCUCAUCCUCUGUGGUUCUGAUGCGUCCUGUCCCUGCUGACGGCUGAAAGCUCACCAGCCUCCAUCUGUUCAUCCCCUCAGAGCCUAACCCGCUCCUCCGCAAGUCAUGAACCCCUACAGGAACACAAAUCCUUCUCCAUAUUUACCUCAUGACCAUUAUGACGAUUCCGAUCAUCCAUCUGAGUCCGCCAACCUGCCCUCUGCUACAGUCAUCCCGACGGGUUUCAGCUCUGUUUAUCCGGGCUCAUCAGACCAAGAUAGAGAUCAAAACCCUGUCCCAUCACCGUAUUCAGAUCGCUCCACUUCAACGCUUCCAGCCUCAGAUUCGGGCUCCGUCUUCAGCUCCAGACCUCAGUCCAGUCUACUUCCAGUCCCAUCUCCAGCUCAAACCCCGUCUCCAGCAUUUACUCCCACACUGAAUCCUUACCCUGCCCUCGCCACCCCGGCCUCCUGCCAGGUCUCCGUCAUCGCCUUGUCCCCAGAUCUACGCCCGUCCCCUCUCCAGACCCAGUGCUCUGAGGAGAGCUGCCCGGACCUGGAGUGCUCCAUCUGCUUCAGCCAGUUCAACAACAUCUUCCGCUGUCCCAAGAUGCUUCAGUGCAAGCACACAUUCUGCCUAGAGUGCCUGGCACGCAUCAACGUGAAGUCGACUGAGCCCAACACCAUCCAGUGCCCGCUGUGCCGAGGCCUCACCCCCCUACCCACCCUGGGCCUGCCCCGGCUGGCCACCAACUCUGACAUGCUGUCCUACCUGCCGGCCGCCAUGCAGCGAGUGUACAGCAUCCGCUUCGUGCGCAACAAAGGGAAGCUGCAGGUCAAAAGGUCGACUGAAGGUCAUCGGCGCUGGGGUCGCAGGCCACUGACCUCUCUGAGGGCGAUGAACCGCACUCUGGAUGUGGGGCUUCCCAGCCCAACCAUCAGGAGCCGCUCAGAGGCGCCCGGCCUGGUUGGAGCUCUGUUCCGACUGACUGGCCGUCCCGUAUGCCGAGCCUUUCUCCUGACCGCCGUGGUGAUGAUGAUGGUGCUGCUGACCAGCAUCAUCAUCUUCCUCCUCCAUGAAAGCAAGGCCAAUGCCUGACAUCACACCCUGUCUUCCUCCUGCUUUUUAUAUCCGUGUUGGGAAAAACAGUCGUCCAUCCUGAGGGACUUGAAAGCAGUUAGUGGGCAACAUCUGUCUAGCUGCUGUGGCUAAAAGGAGAUCCAGAUGUGCAAUUUUAAAAAAAAAGAAAACAUUUCAGGCUGUAGGGCAACAAGCAACUCCUCACUCUGACAUCUGAAGAGAGGAAGAGCUGCUCCUUCAUCAACACUCACACCUGAGCUGAGACAAUGGACUCUUGUUGUUUGAACUCUAGUUCCAAAACAAAUCACACAGACUAUACUCGCCACUCAUAACACAAACACUGAGGUGGUAAUCUUGUAAAAAUGUUUGCUGUUAUUAACCUGUGCCAAAAGCUUUGAAUGCUUGUCUAGCACAAGCAUUUCCUGUACGAAGUCACAGUGUGGCAGUCGGGGGGUGGGACAGCACUGGAAAAGUCGGAAGCAGCAAACUUGUAUCUUCUUUCUCAUCACUUUUCUCCAAAAGUACACACCCAGUUUUGAGUUAAACGGAAAAAAUCCCCACUUUUUCACGUUGCGCGUAAAACAAUGUGGACAUCUAAAGGUCAUUUGAUGGCAGUGAAGAUAUAAACUUGUGGAAGGCUAUAAAAGCAAUAGAUUUAUUGCUGGUUUAUUAUGAUACAAGGUCAAAGUCUAUGGUGGCUAUGUAUCAAAGUCCUCACAAAACACUUGAUUAUAGCCAUAUACACAGAAUGUAGUAUCAUUUUUAAACAUAAAUGUGAAAUAAUGUACAGUACUAAUCAUAUUUAAACAUGUUACCAGGUGGCACCUUCGUGUGUGAGAGAGAGGCCCGCCGCCUAGCGCUUAACCAAAUGCUGUAAACGCGAGCCAUGCAAAUCCAGCCAGGCCACAGUUAGUCUGACGCAGAGGGCUGAGCUGGAACAAUUGUUCUUAGUGCAGCUGGAGAGGGUUAGUUCGCCCACAUACAGUCCUUUUCAACUUGGAGAUGUAUCUACAUUCAUCCUGUUUUUCAGGCAUUAUAGUUAAUUAAAAACCUCAGUCUUUCCAUGAUUCAAUUUUUUCUUUUUUAGAUAUACCUCACUAUCUUUACAAUAGAAAGUAGACAGUUUAACUCUUUUUUAAAUUUCUCUUUCCAGUGCAAAAAAAUUAAUUCCAUUACCUUUCUUUUAUAUCUCAGACAAAUAUUUAAAAACCUAUACUUGUAUGAUAUUGUAUUUCUGGUGAGACUUUUAAAGAGCCAUAUAACAUGUUACCUGGAUCUCGGUGACAAAUUCCACUAUUCAAAACAAGCAUGGCCUUGUUCAUAUGACCUUCUGAGAGUAAAGGGAACUGCCCACAAGCUAAACUUUCCCCCAAAACACUUUGACUUGCAAAUAAUGUGCCAUCCCAAAUUUCCUCCAUAAGCUAUAUCAUCAGAGGAAUCCGUUUUAAUCAGAUGUUGAUCGUCCUGUGUUAAAACUGUUGCUUCUUCUUCUUCUUUGUGUACUUUGUGUUUUUACUGUGCAAUGUAAAAUAAAUCAUUUUAUAUAUUUAUAUAAUUGUUUCAACAAAGCUUUCACUAUCACCAUGCUUGCUUCUUGUUGAACUUGAAUAAAUUCCUUUUUGAAUUACA